CGGUCUCGGAGUCGGUGCUCGGGGACUGCCUCCGCUUCGCGGGCGUCCCGCGCGACAGCUUCGUGGUCGCCACCAAGUGCGGCCGCUACAAGGAGGGCUUCAACUUCAGCGCCGCCCGUGUCACGCGCAGCGUCGACGAGAGCCUCGCCCGCCUCGGGCUCGACUACGUCGACAUCCUUCACUGCCACGACAUCGAGUUCACGAACCUGGACCAGAUUGUGAAUGAGACGAUUCCUGCGCUGCUAAAGAUCAAGGAGAGCGGGAAGGCGCGGUUCAUUGGGAUUACCGGAUUGCCGUUGAGCAUCUUCACCUACGUGCUUGACCGGGUGCCUCCCGGCUCGGUAGAUUUGGUUCUGUCCUACUGCCACUACGGAAUCAAUGAUACCGCGCUGGUGGAUUUGCUACCGUACUUGAAGAGCAAAGGUGUUGGGGUGAUCAGUGCUUCGCCCCUUGCUAUGGGGCUUCUCACGGAUAACGGGCCACCUGAGUGGCACCCUGCACCAGAACAACUCAAGCUGGCAUGCAGGACCGCAGCAGAUCACUGUAGAAAGAAGGGGAAACAUAUUACAAAGCUAGCCAUGAAGUAUAGCUUGAUGAACAAUGAGAUUUCUACAGUUCUUGUUGGAAUGAACUCUCCAGAACAGGUGGAGGAGAAUGUUGCUGCUGCAGUGGAGUUGUCGACUUCAGGCAUAGAUGAAGAACUUUUGCACGAAGUCGAAGCAAUUCUAGAACCUGUUAAAAACUUGACCUGGCCCAGUGGUAUUCAGCAAGCAUAAUGUCCGAGUCCGACAUUAGCUUGGCCAGAUGAGAUCCAUUGGGAUGGAUAUAUGUGCUAUUAGUAGUUGAUAGAUAAGAGUCAUAUGUGUUCAUCUGCAGCCUUGCCUGCCUGCCUGUCUUGUGAUUGAAAUAGGAAUAUCCAACUAUCCUAGGCAACCAAAUGGAAGACCGUCGUUUGGAAUUUGUGGGCAAUGUUGUUGUCUUGAGUAAUUUAUACAUAUAUGCCUGGGAGCCGACACUAACAAUAAAAGGUGAAUGAUGAUUGAUCAUUGAAUAAAUUGUUCGCAUAUGCCGCCCGUAUA